AUAAAAUUCGACAUAUCCGUCCUAGGUUCAAGUGGUGGUCCUCUAGAAAUUAAUUGCUGCUCAUAUCUUAUCAAAACAUCAAACAUAUCAUACACCUCAAUCCUAAGUCAAAAUCUCAUUAACCAUUUCAUCUGUAUUGAUGCUGGUUCAGGCUAUGCUUCAUUUAACAAAAUGAUCUCAAAUGAAAACGAAUUUCUAUUCAAAAACACAUCCGUCAACACCAAUACCAAUACCAAUACCGAUACCAAUACUGAUACUAAUACAACCACCACUAACAAAAUAAUUGGAAAAAUUCAUAGCAAUAACCUUAUCUUAAACUCCUACAAUGAUUCUUUAAACUUUUUAGACUACACAAACUGCUCACUAUCCACUCUAAAUCUAAAUUGCACACAACUAAAGCUAAACCCUUCCCAAAUCACUUCAAAACUAUUUGAUCUAAUCGAAAGCUACUUCAUAACCCAUCCUCAUCUAGACCACAUUCUAGCUCUCAUCAUCAACUCUGCGGGCUUUAACCAAAACUCUUCAAACAACUACCUAUCAAAAAAGAUAUAUGGCUCAAACUUUACCAUAAAUGCCCUAAAAACACACAUCUUCAAUGGAAUAAUUUGGCCCGAUUUGUCCAAAUACGACAAACUACUCCAAUUUAUAGAAAUCAACGAUGAAAAAAACCUCAACAUCAAUUUAAACAGCAUCUUCAACAUAAAACCCUUUAGCCUAAAUCAUGGAGUAGUCAGUGACGGAUCUCUCAAUCACCAAAUCUACAAAAGUAACUGUUUCUUCAUCCAAAACAAUUUCAAUCUUAACUCAAUCCUAAUCUUUGGUGACUUUGAAGCAAACUCAAUCAAAAAUGGCAAAAUCUGGGACCACGCUUCGCUUCUAAUCUACAAAAAUCAAUUGUCUGGCAUCAUCAUUGAAUGCUCAACUGAAAACUUACCAGAUGGUGUGCCUUUAUAUGGCCAUAUGACCCCAAAUAACCUAUUCAACGAAUUCAUCUCUCUAAAUGAGAAAUUGCAAAAUCUACACAAAAAAAAUAACACAAAAAUUACUCACCAAAAUUCUUUAAAUGGCUUGAAUAUCCUCAUAACUCACGUAAAAGAAUCAUAUACUCAAUUCGAUCCAAGAAAAAAAAUCCUCAAUCAGCUAAAUAAUUUAAAUGAUAAAUACCAAUUCGGUUUGAAAUUUACUAUAAUAUUCCCCGGUGUCACUUAUUCCAUAUAA